AUGCUGGCAAAGAAGAAGGCAGAGCGGCGGCAUGCCAUUGCCGCGACGGCUUCAGCGGAGCGAAAGCGGGAGCUGAAGCGGAUGCGCGGGGAGGCGGACGGGGCGGAGAGGCCGGGGAGAGUUGGGAAGCGCCGGCGCACCGGCACCGAGGAGGAGAACCACACGGUGGCUCCGCGGGUGGCCUCGGUGGAGAACCCGGCGGAUAUGCUGCGCGCCAUUGGGGACCACGUCAACACCCGGCUUCAGGAGCUUGAGUUUGACGACGACCUGGACGCGGACUUGUUUGACGAGCAACAGCGCCGGUUGCGGGAGGAGGCGGCAAUUGCGGCGGGCACCAAGUCACGUCUGUUGUCCACCCCAAUAGCGGGAUUUCUCCGACAGCAGGAAGAACGCCAGGCAGCAGCUCUUCCAGGCGACGCUGGUGGUGCCACGACGGCAAGUGUCAAGAUGGUGCGUAUUGGACACAACAGUAAUGCGGUGACGGCGGUGUGCGGUCUUGGGGCGGAGUUGGUGGUGCUUGGGGACAAGUCGGGGGCCGUAUACGUGGCAGAGCUGCGCGGUGGCCCCUCCCCGCCACUCUCCUCGAAUUCCUCACAGAAGAUUCUUCUCAGUCCGUUUUUGCCCGCGGCGGUGCUUUCCAUUGCUGUGUCUGACACACGUGGUGUGCGUCCUUCGCAGCGCGCCCUGUUCGAGCGUAGUACUGUGGAUACCAGUGUCACAUCUUACAUCGCGGCUGGUGCCGCGGAUGGCACAAUAAGUGUGUGGGUAACGAGCACGCGAAAACAUAUGGGGUUUUUAUCUAUGCACCGUUCUGCAGUGACGGGGUUGACUUUUCGUUACGACACUCUGUACAGCUGCAGCAGCGACGAGACCUUGCGCGUGUGGUCAGUGCCGCAGAUGAUUUGUCAGGACAAACUCUUUGGUCAUCAAGGACGCGUGCUUGGCAUUCACAGUCUCAGACGCGAGCGCUGCGCCACCGUUGGGGAGGAUGGCACAAUGCGUUUCUGGAAGGUUGACGCGGCGACGCAGCAAGAGUUCAGCGCAGGUUCCCACUUUGGUGUGAAGGUGGUGCUCGAGUGCGUGACAAUGUUAAACGACAAUGUCGUGCUCUGCGGUGCUGCCAACGGCGCACUUCUGUUGUUUGAUGUCAGCAAACGGAAGCCGCUAGCCGUGCGGGAGGCGGCGCACGGCUACGGAUUCGUGGGCGACGGCACGGGACUGGAGAAGGCAGUAGUGGCGGACCAACUGCAGCAGGCUAGCGGUGCGAGUGAAGAGGCGCGGGGACGGCGUCAGCAGAACGCAAACCCCAUCACAUCGGUGGCGUCGAUACCGUACACGGACGUCGCCGCCAGUGCGAGUUACGACGGCAAUGUGCGACUCUGGCGCAUCGUCAACCCAGAGACCGGCCGAAAGUUGGCUGCAACGGCUGACCACACAGAGGGCGUAGCGGUGACCGCAACGACGUUUGAGUGUCUGGCGUCGAUACCUGUGGGCGCCAUUGUGACGUCUUUGUUCUUUACUCCUAGCGGCGACGCCCUCCUCGUUGGCGGCAGCAAGGAGCCACGACUUGGUCGCUGGGUUGUGCAGCGAAGCGCUCUCAACGCGGCGUAUGUGGUGCCCCUCGACGAUGCCCGGCUGCGCGCGUUCGCGUCAUGUGCGGCGGUGGAGCACAUCCCUGCACUGCUCUACGGCUUUGACGAUGAGGAGGCCGGGGGCGACGAGGAGGAGGAGGAGGAAAACGAUGCCGCGGGGAGCGCGGACCCGGGGGACGGCGAGAGUGCCCCUCCGGCCGGCGACGGCGAUGACGGCCUGUUCACGCUUGGCGAGGACGGCCAGAUGCAGUUCGGCGCGCCCACCGGGGCGGACGCCGCGGACAAGCGGGCGGCGGCGCAUAAAAGGAAGAAGGGCACCAAAUCCAAGAAGGCGUCAAGCGCGUUGCCGCGUGGCGCCGGCAUCGACAAGGACAAAAAGGGGCGUUCAGCGAGGAACGCAAAGUUGCCGAAGGCGACGGAGCCGCAGCCCGCGAGCGAGCCACCGCAGCCGCAGAAGAAGAAGAAGAAGAAGGGGGCAAGCGCGAAGGCGGCGAGGAAGUGA